AUGAAGUGCUUCUUACAGAUUUUUUUUAUUGCAGCUCUGCUCAAGCUUCAGAUUAAUGCUGAAGUUGUCAAUAACCAAUCGCAGCCGCUGACCUUUCAUCAUGCGGCAUUGAUGAAAAAUGUUCUGCGCAUAUCUAAGAAUAAAGUUAGCGAUCUCGAUCGUGUGUUUCGGGAUCGCGUAAUGAACUCCAUUUUUAUUGAGAGAGUUGACCCUACGUUGCAAGAGUUCAAAAGUUCGAUGAUAUCCAUGAAUCACAGUCUCUGUUAUUCAUCGAUGAGCUACAAUUUCUAUUCACCUGAUUUUCAAAACGCUGUAACUCAAUGCAUAACACUUUCCAUUCCCAAAAGCCAGCCGAUCGUCCAUGAAAUUGAUUCAUUACUAAAUAAAUUGGACCAACUCGACGCCAAUAUUGAUGCAGCAAAAAUCGAUUGUUCUCGUAAAAAUGAAACUGACCCCUGCCUAGACGCAAUAAUUCAAUCAUACCAAGAAAAUCUUCAGAAAUGUGUGGAAGAUCAGACCGCCAUCAACUCACAUAUACAACAAAUAUUCCUAGACGCCGAAAUGCAAGCCGUGAAAUGCGCUCACAUCGAGGAACACAUCGAAGCAGCUAAAAAUAAGACUCUGAAUUGCUUAUCAAGAGCCCCAAAAAUGCCAAUGCAAAUGAAUCCAAUGAAUUGAAAAAUCCACUGAACAUUAAAAUAUUGCAUUCCAAUCUCUAUAAGGAUUGACCCCUUAACAUUCCGCAAAAAUUUAAUAUUUAGCGAAAGCAGUGGGAAUUUUUCCAAAUUCGCAAUAUUUUAUAUACGCGGAAAAAAGACUUCCUGAUUUUUACAAUUUUUUUACUGUUGUUACUUGAUCGUUAGGUUAUUUACACUCUUCCAGGUAUUUAUAUGUCUCUAA